AUGUUCCUGGUCCGUCACUUCUCCAUCGCUAGUAUUCACAUCAAGUACAACAGAGUCUCUAUGAACCAAACUACACGUUUAUACUUGAAACAACGUAGCGACUUCAUCGCCGCGAGACCAAUACAUGAACAAAGACACACUUCACCAACACCGCCCACCACUCUACCCCACCCAACAUCUCCAAGUACUAAACAAACAUGCCAAGGUAUACCAGAGCCUAUCAGAACCCCACGCUCGCUAAUCACCCGUCAUCCUUGA